UCACUGUCCCCUCCUUACCGACUCUCCCAUUCGGAGAAAAGCACUGCAGUUUUUCAUUUAAAAAAAAAAACGUAAAACCCGGAUUAUUUAUCGGAUAUUGACAAUGAAAAACGCUUUCUCCCGUUAUUGAUGCUGACUCCUCUCCAAACCCGGCCCAAAUUUCACUCUGAGAGGCCUCUGUCUCUUCACUUGAAUGCCUCUCACGAUGGCUAAGCGGGAAAGCGGCAGCACCAGCCCGGUGGUGCGUCAAAUAGACAAGCAGUUCCUGGUGUGCAGCAUCUGUCUGGAGCACUACCACAAUCCCAAAGUCCUGCCCUGCCUGCACACCUUCUGCGAGAGAUGCCUCCAGAACUACAUCCCCCCUCAGUCCCUGACCCUCUCCUGCCCAGUGUGCAGACAGACCUCCAUCCUGCCUGAAAAGGGUGUUGCAGCACUGCAGAACAAUUUCUUCAUAACUAAUCUGAUGGAGGUGUUGCAGAGGGAGCAGGACUGCACCCGUCCCGAGGCCUCUAGUGGGCUGGAGUCAGCCGGUGCUGCUACAUAUGCCCCGCCCCUCUCCUGCCCCAACCACGAGGGCAAGGUGAUGGAGUUUUACUGCGAGUCUUGUGAAACGGCCAUGUGUUUGGAAUGCACAGAAGGAGAGCACAGAGAACAUGUGACUGUCCCACUGCGGGAUGUUCUGGAGCAGCACAAAGCUGCAUUGAAGAACCAGCUGGAUGCUAUUCGCAACAGGCUUCCUCAGCUGACUGCAGCUAUAGAGCUGGUAAAUGAGAUCUCCAAGCAGCUAACAGACAGGAAGAAUGAGGCAGUGACGGAGAUCAGCAAUACGUUCGAGGAACUGGAGAAAGCACUGCAUCAGCGCAAGACUACCCUCAUCACUGACCUGGAGAACAUCUGCAGCACCAAGCAGAAGGUGCUGCAGGCCCAACUCACUGCACUACUUCAAGGGAAGGAAAACAUCCAGAGCAGUUGUAGCUUCACAGAGCAGGCGCUAAACCACGGCAGCCCCACAGAGGUGCUCCUGGUGCAGAAGCAGAUGGGAGAGCGGAUGGGCGUUCUGGCCCGCCACGCCUUCCCUGAGCAGCCCCAUGAGAACGGCCACCUGGACUGUCAGGUGGAGACAGAGGGGCUGCGCCGCUCCAUCCAGAACCUGGGAGUCCUGCUCACCACCAGCGCCGUGGGGCACACCAGUGUGGCUACUGGAGAGGGUCUCAGACAUGCUGUUGUUGGACAAAAUGCCACUGUUACAGUGACCACUAAGGUUGGUGAUGAUGUCACUCUUGGGUUUGAGUUCAGGACGAGGGGUCGAGAGCGGGGGGAGUUCUCCAACCUGCAGGGCAUCUCUACCACUAGCAACGGGCGGAUCGUGCUCGCUGACAGCAACAACCAGUGCAUACAGGUGUUUUCCAGUGAUGGUCAAUUCAAACUGAAGUUCGGGGUCAGAGGUCGCUCCCCUGGCCAGCUCCAGCGCCCCACUGGCAUUGCAGUGGACAUGAAUGGUGACAUUAUUGUAGCCGACUAUGACAACAGGUGGCUCAGCAUCUUCUCUCCAGACGGCAAGUUUAAGAAUAAAAUCGGUGCAGGUCGGCUGAUGGGUCCUAAAGGAGUGGCCGUGGACAAGAAUGGUCAUAUUAUCACGGCAGACAACAAGGCCUGCUGUGUCUUCAUUUUCCAAUCCAACGGCAAGCUGGUGACCAAAUUUGGUGCCAAAGGAACAUCAGAGAGGCAAUUUGCAGACAAAAGUACUCCAAAUACACCGACAGAGCCAAAACAGAGUAAAUCUGGCCCUGCCUUCAGUCCUCAUUUUGUGGCCAUAAACAACAAGAAUGAAAUUGUUGUGACAGACUUCCACAAUCAUUCUGUUAAGGUUUACAAUGCUGAUGGCGAGUUCCUGUUUAAAUUUGGCUCGCAUGGCGAAGGGAACGGCCAGUUCAAUGCACCCACCGGUGUGGCUGUAGAUGGCAAUGGGAAUAUUAUUGUUGCAGACUGGGGUAACAGUAGGAUACAGGUGUUUGACAAUUCUGGCUCUUUUCUGUCGUACAUCAACACGACGGCGGAUCCUUUGUACGGUCCGCAGGGUCUGGCUCUCACGUCAGAUGGCCAUGUGGCCGUGGCGGACUCUGGAAACCACUGCUUCAAAGUAUACCGAUACCUGCAGUAAACACUCACCGUGAUGGAAGAGUUCAUAUACUGUAAGCUCCGACAGUCUUCUUUGGCAUUUCAUGUUUUCCUUUGCACAAGUCUCUGCACACAAAUUUCCAGCCAUCUGUCUCAUGCUGAUGCGAACAAACCCAGGGCUUCAUGAAUGUUGCAUCCCUAUUUAAUCAAUUUGCAUUGAUUUGUUUUAACAGUCACUUCCUAAAUGAAUGUAUAUCGAACCCAAGCAAGUAAUAACACAGUCGCUGUGAAUAUAACAGUGAUCGAGGGCAGCUAUCUGUGUGCUUUCACAAAAGUCUUUCUUGAAAACCUUAAAAGCUGCUUGACAAACCCCUCCUUUAAAUUGCAGGGAACAAAAUGGUGGUCAAUAAAUGUUUUCUGGGCAAAUCAUUAAUGCAACAGCUUAAGAAUGACCUGCGUAUGGCGCUAUCUCACAUCAAACUGGCCUUUUGUGCAUUGACUAGCAGUACAUGUGUACGCAUUCGUAUCAUAUGGUGUAAAUCUGAUCGCCAUUGAUUUGCUGUAAUAUGGUUUUGGAGAUCCACUCUCUCUUAGUGCGCUGAAGCUCAAUAUUAAAGUAACCCGGCUGUCAAUGUGCUUUAGUAAAACUGCUUGUAGGUUCAUCGUGCCUCUGAUUUUAAAAGCUACGCCUAUACGUCACAUGGGCUUUCCACAUAGCACUGACCACAACAGCACAACUGACAUAUUGCAUGCGUUUUAUUCACGUAAAAAGGUUAUAAAGCAAGUGUAUUUAUUUUGUAAACAAUGGUUAAUAAUGUUAUUUUUCGAAGUUGAAGUGUUUUGUUUAUCUGCAGUUCAAUGCCUUCAGUGGUUUUCACAAGGUGUGCAAAGCUAACGUGUUGUGAAAUACAACCGAGUUUUUUUAAUGCACAUGAUAGUCACCUUGUCAUUAAAGGGAAUGCAGAUAUGUCAUAUGAAGACACCGGAAAUAUGAACAUUAAAAAGGGAAAAUGAAGUCACACAGCCACAAAAUUCAUAAAAGAACAAUUUGCAGGGUACUUGCCAUAGUUUACCAUAUUACUGAAGCAUUUACUACUGUUUUUUUUUAUUCUUUUUAUUUUGUUUUAUUCCUCGUUU